AUGUUCUUCGAGCCUGGGUCCUCUUCUUUAUCCUCUUCCGAUAGAUGGGUCUAUCAUGUGUUUCUGAGUUUUAGAGGCGAAGAUAAACGGAAGAAUUUUACGGAUCAUCUUUACGAGGCUUUAAAGAGAUCUGGAAUUCGUACCUUUCGAGAUGAUGAUGAACUUCCUAGUGGACAAGAAAUCUCCCCACAACUCGAAAAGGCAAUUCAGGAAUCAAGGAUUUCUAUUGUGAUUAUGGAGUGCAGAGAUACUAUUGGCCAGAUUGUUCUCCAACUGUUUUAUGAUAUUGAUCCAUCUGAUGUUCGGAAGCAGACAGGGAGUUUUGCAGAAGCUUUAAAGGUACAUGAAGAACGGUUUAAGAAUGAAAAGGAGAAAGUAUACUGGUGGAGAAACGUUCUUGAGGGACGUUGCUAA